AAAAACUUUUUCAGCUCUCCAUCAUCAACGCGUCGCCUUUUGUUUUUUGGUUUGUAAGGAAGGUAUUGAAUGACCAGGUCCUGACCAUCACUCUUUCACUAGCUAGCACCGUGUUGCCAACAACACCAACACAAAACCGGCAGCAACGCGUUGAGUUCCAACACCAACAACAACCAGACCAAAGUCUUCACUUCCAGAUCUUCACUUCCCUUCCAUUCAAAGUCAAUAGUGAGUUCAGUUCCAAUCCAAGAUGAUUACUAGAAAAUUCUUUCUUCAGCUUCUUUUGAUGCUGGCAAUGGCUAUACCAGUAGUGCCUGCUGAUGGCAGUAGUAGCAGUGUUGCUACCGGUAGUAGCACGGGUAAUACCGGUAGUAUUGAACUGCGUACUCGACUGGUAUUGGAUAUCCCUCCUUACGUAUCCUCACAUACCAGCUACAACGACCAAGAACAAACGUUCGAGUACCAAGGACUCCUACCAGAUUUACUACGAGAAAUCCAACGGGUAGCUCUUCAAGAAGACAACGUAACCCUCACCUUUGCGCUCCAGCCAGUCCACUACUCCAACAGUGUCUACUCGGAUACCCUUAGCUACUUGGCAGCCAAUUGCAAUACCACUGCCAACCCAAUGGCUCUUCAAGAUUGCAAUCAGUUGGAUCUGGCUGUGGGAGACUUUUGGUCUACCAGCCAAACCUACCAGAACGUAUUCACCCCAACCCUACUGUCUACUGGCAUUGCCUCCCUCUCACUCCACACACCUUCCUCCUCCAAGUCCUCCUCCGCACAACUACAGGAACUACAAGAACUACCCAAUUCCCUACUACAAGCACAGACUCUAAAAGCUCCCAUUUGCCUAGCUACUUCCAACCGCAUUCAAGCUGCGGUAUUCACCCAGUAUCCACAACUACACAUUGUCCAGGAAUGUGCAAGACCACAGGAUUGCCUUGCACACCUUCAAAACAAUACAUGCCAUCUCUUGGUACACGACCAAAUGGCUCUCCGCGAGUAUGAAGACGACUUUCUACUGACCGUGGAAGAUACCUUACCACGAUACGAUGUGGCCUGGCCAAUGAAUCCACGCUUGGACACCACGCUCCAAGCCAACCUUCGAAAGUGGAUCUACAGCAUUCGAGAAUCAGGCUUUCUUAUCCAUCAUAUCACACCACAGCAGCAUGACCACUAUCAUCCACAAGAAGACCUGUCAUCGUCGUAUGUGUACCAAGCAGACGAAGCCGAAGAAGGCAUUCCCGACGAACUCCGCAAAGCCGCCAAUGCCAUGGUCGGAAUCAACUUUGUGGCGGUUGCCAUUUGUGGACUAUGGGUCAUUGUACAUCGGAAACGACCCAAAGUCAAGGUCGCACAAGUGCCCUUUCUACUACUGAUUCUCCUGGGUUGCUUUAUAUCCACGUCCACCAUUCUGGCAAUGGGACGUGACCCUGACUAUAACAACAAUAAUGACAACAACAAUCAAGGAAACGUGGCUGGAUGCAUGGCCGUGCCUUGGUUGUACAGCGUUGGGUUCUCCAUCACAUUUGGAACGCUGUUGGCCAAGAUUCGACGUGUCUACCUACUCUUCAAGGCCGCUGCAAGUCUCAAACGAACCACCAUAUCCUCCACGUCCACAUACAUUACCGUGGCAUGCAUUGUCGGAGUCGAUGUUGCCAUUCUCACCAUUUGGUCCAUCGUCGAUCCACUCACGCAACAACAACCAGAAGACGAUGAGUUCAUGGAAGAGGAGCACGGCUAUUGCACGUCCCAACACUGGGUUGUCUUUGCAUCCAUCAUUGCCGCCUAUCAUCUCGUUUUGAUGGGCUUUGCCUGCUACAAAUCAUACCUCGCACGACAUGUUCCCGCAGAAUUCUCCGAAGGAAACUACCUCAGUCUCGCCGUCAUUUCCAACAUGCAAAUAUUCCUGGUCGGUGUCCCCGUAUUGAUCAUUGUCGGACUCGACUCCCAAACCAGUUACUUUGUCAAGAGUGUCAUUAUCUGGAUGAAUGACUUUGUCGUGCUCGUGCUCGUCUUUGGAAAUCUCAUUAGUCGGGUGCAUUGUGGACGACGAGACAACAAGGAGGGAGAACUCAUCCAAACCGCCAUCAAAGCCUUUCAGGAACACGAAAAGGAAUCCGCCGAAAUUGCCUCCGAAUUCUAUCAACAGAGCGAACGAGUGUUGCGAAACAUGUCCAUGAACAUGUCGCUCAGCAUGCCCGUGAGUCCCCUCUUUCACAGUAGCUGCGUCUCUGAAGCGUUCACGGAAGUGGACGAACCCAUCUCGCAAAUAUCACAGCACAAGGUUCUGGAGGAGUUUGAGGAUGAGGACGAGGAAAGCCAUGGACAAUCGAAAAGCCUGGAAGACAUGUUUGAGGCAGGGGGAUCCUCCAAAACAUGUCUGGAGGCAGACAGCUGGCAUAACUAACAAACUAGCUAGCUAGCAAUCGAGCUGGGAAACAAUCAAAGUUGGGGGUGGGCAGGGUGAUGUGGGGCACGAGCAAUACAGCCCACGCAACCCUGCUCCGGGACAGGCCUGCUAUAGCAUAAUCAAAUACAUACUGUAAUGAAUAUCAAAUCUGUGUCG